UUAUUGGCAAGGAGUAAUGAGGAACAUCCGAUUUAUUAUUAUCGACUGUCGUAUCAGACUCAGCAUUCUAUGCAUAAGAUGUAUGAUAAUCCGCUGAAUGGAACUACUCAUUUCGACGAUGUGGGCUACAUAUUUCACGUGCAAGACCUAGACGUGCCCAAAGAUAGAAAUGACCCUUUCAAUCGAUUCAGGAGGAAGAUGGUCACCUUCUGGGCUAACUUUGCCAAAUACGGAGAUCCAACGCCAAAGCAUCUAAAGAAAUCAGAAUACAACGUAACUUGGGUAAAUUCUGGUCAGUCAGGUUGGCAAUUGGACAUCAACAAAAGUGACGUCUUGUACAAUCGCACGGUGGACGAACACACAGAGACUUAUCCAAAAAUUUUGUAUUCAGUGUUACCAACCAUCAGUUCCUGCGUAAAGAUACCUACUCGCAGAGAUAUUUUUUGAUCUUUCUGUCAGCACAUUUUACGAUGACGAGUUCCGUGAAUUUUAUCUCGACUGAUAAAUAAUAGCAAAUACGGGAGAAUUGAAGCAGUCUGUACAAUCGUUGAAUAAAUGAUACUGGUUAAACCUACC